UGAAGACGACAAGCGAAUAUAGCCAUGGUGUGGAACCCAAAUACCCAUCAAUCAUCACCGUUGAUGGAUCCUGGACGAACGGUGUAGAUUCAUCCCUAAAGUACGGACGGAGCAUUCAAGGAACUUACCAGUGCAUUUAUCGAAGCCUUACCCGCCGAUUCGUAUCGUCGUCUCCAGUUUCCUCAGCCGCCGCCGCCGCCGCCGCGCAAUGGCUCCGCUCGAUAGCACCGCCGUCCUCCGAUCACCGGUUCUGAUCCUCCUCGCCGGCUUUCUGCUCCACACCGCAACGUGCAAACCCAACACCGCCGUCAGCUCCGUGCUCUGCAAUUCGGGAACGUACACGAAAGGCGACCCUUUCGCCGCCAGUCUCGCCGCCGUCCUCGCCGAUCUGGAGUCCGUCGCGCCGUCGCGGCCAGGCUACGACUUCCGCAACAUCUCGCCAUAUCCGAACGCCUUCGCCUACGGCCACGCCGCCUGUAACCGAAGCCUCAGCGCCUCCGACUGCGCCGCCUGCCUCGCCGCCGCCAAGACCGCCGUGAUCGGCGGCUGCGACGCUCGGAUCGGGGGGCGCGCCUUGUUAAUCGAUUGUAACGUCAGAUACGAGCAGUACCCCUUCGACGAUUGAUUCGUCAAUUCCACGAUUGUCAAUUUUAGGGUUUGUAAUUUCCCCCAAAUUCGUUGUGGUAGUACACUCCGCAGUAAAAAUUGUACGUUCCAUUCGGCUAGUACCCGCCGCAAUAAAAGCUGUACGUUCUAUUAACAAUAUUGUAUCCUUAAAUGACCGGAUAAA